CGAAACGAGUGACUGAGAGAUGGGGAAUAGAAGAGCUCAGAAAUUAUAUGGGAAUUGAGGCUUAUGUGCCACAUAACAAGAGUCAAUCUGUUGUGUCUGCUUGAACAAGCCUAAGUCUGUGAUAUUGACGGGUGUUACGUCCGACGCGAGUCUGAGUCCUUUUUUUUGAAUCCUUCUCAGAGUUUGUCUAGAAGAGAGUGGAGGUGAAAAGCUGGCCCUAGGUACUAUCAUGUUUGACGAGAGUAGAGAGCUCCUCUGGUUCUGCACCAAACGCAAGAUAACAGAGAUAUCAUGACGCAAACACAGUUCUGCCCUAUCUUUUGUUUGAGAACCGAGAGACGUUGAGUGCACUAUAGUGCGUAGCUGAAGUUUAUUUUGAACCGGAUAGAGAAUAUGAGGCGGGAAAGAAUUUUUUUUAUGGGCCUCUGUUCCUCUAUCUAUCCUCUUGUGACUCACAGGGAAACGACAACAGCUCACCCACGACGGAUUUUUGGGUGUCUUUUCUAGUUCGUUGUAGGUUGUUUAUUUUUUUCGAGGCAUAACUCAUUUGUCAUCGUUGUCUGGUCAUAGAAGUUGUUGACUGUUUUUACCUUCAUAGUAGACAAUGACGAAUUGCAAAUUUUUAUAAUUGGUGUUGGUGAUUCUGAUUUUAACUGAUAAAGAUAAAUAUUAUCGUUGUAAGAAAAAGUAAACAGGAGACUUGUGAUCGACGCAAUUAUAUUUGUUCUCUCCAGUACAUCAAUCUCAUUUAAGUUCUUAUCCAACAUUUUUAGUAAAGUCAUUUUUUUUUUUAGUUUCAACGAGGAACAAACACAGAAGAAAAUAUGGCGUUCUCUAAGCUGAGACAUUUUUCUAGACCUGCCUUUGCGCAGCGGACCCUUGCUGGCUCUGGUCCGGCCAAGCAGCAACGAAGAUUUCUCAACCUUCACGAGUACCAGUCCAUGGAAGUCUUCGAUAAAUUCGGUGUCGCAGUGCCACGAUUCGCGGUAGUCAAGAAAAAGGAUGAUAUGGGAGGUAUUAGGUCUUGUACUCCUUUUUACGUCGUCGAUGUCAUCAAUGAAAUUGGAUUAUUGAUGUUGCCAUCUAUCCUGUGAAUAACAAGAACAACAUGUUGUGCUCGUAUCGACGUUGAUUCAACUCUUGCUUUCAAUUUAUAACUACUAGCUCUCUAGGUCUAGCCGAAAAUGAAUUGGAAGAUGAAUUGCACUUCGUAGAUACACCACCAAUCACCACCUACUCCUUCAGCCGUGUACGAUUCGCUCGGAACGGAUGUUGUGGUAAAGACACAAGUGCUUGCGGGUGGGCGUUAUGAAAGGAAAAAGUGCACUCACACUCAAAAAAGAAGCGACUUUCUUACUUCAAUCCUAGCCAACUUCCUGGCUGUGAGUGCGCUUUCUCCUUCCAUAGUCGUGGAUUGGGUCACAUUAAAGAAAACAACUUUCAAGGUGGCGUGCACGUGGCAAAAGAUCGUGCACACGCGCUGGAACUCUGCGAAAACAUGUUCGGAAAGACUCUAGUACUCCUUCGCUACUUAGAACUUGAAUUAUUUGUUUUUUAUUGUAGAGGAAGAAAGUUUGCCUCUUCUACUAGACAAUUCCAGUUUGUAUUUCUUGAUCUUUCUAGGUGAAUAAGAUGAGUUAAUUUCAUUGCGUUCUUUGUUAUAAGGAUUCCCGUGCUACUAGUUGUAGUUUCUAGCUACUAGCAGACAAGUCCUGCAUCUUCAAAUUUGAAGAAAUGACAAUGACCCUACCACGACUCACGACCAGGUUACAAAGCAAACUGGGGAACUCGGAAAACCAGUGAACUCGCUUCUUUGCGUUGAGAAAUUUCAGAUCAAGAGUGAGCGAUAUUUCGCGAUCCUCAUGGACAGAAGUGCAGGUGGCCCGCUCGUUAUUGGAAGCAAAACAGGAGGAACCAGCAUUGAAGACAUCGCGGCUGCGUAUUUUUAAGCUUUUUUCAUUUCCAUCGCUGACUGUCAUGGCCGGAAGGUUUUGCUGUUGCUGAAGCAUGAUGCAGACAAGAAACCGUCAGAAAAUUGUUGAAGGUCUUUUGGUUUUUCUUCCUUCUCUAGCUGAAAAUACAUAGGUAAGCUUCUCGUUCUCCGUAGACUAGGCAUACGAUCUCACACAAAGAAAUACAAUCUUCUGUAAUCAACCACGAAUACAGGGACCCAACGGCGAUCAUUAAGAUGCCAAUCGAUAUCAUGCAAGGAAUGAGCGCUUCUCAGGCCAAGGAAAUGGCAGAGAAGAUGGGCUUCACCGGAGCACAGGCUGACGAUGCAGCCAAGAGCAUCUUGGGCCUUUACAAGGUAACCACUAUGACUAUUUUUGCAGCUCUCCCUUUACGUCUCUAACUAUGAAGAAUCCUAUCUUGACGAACAGAGUAGAGAAAGACCCGGAGUACACCUACAACUAGUUCGAAUUUUCAAAAACAACUACAGAAGUUGAAACAUGAUAGAGAGACGCCAUUUAUUCACGAAAAAUCUCAGGUCUUUGUCGAGUGUGAUUGCACCAUGGUUGAAACAUGAUAGAGAGACGGCAUUUAUUCACGAAAAAUCUCAGGUCUUUGUCGAGUGUGAUUGCACCAUGGUUGAAAUCAACCCUUUCGCGGAGUUGUCCGAUGGUCGCGUCAUUGUCUGCGACGCCAAGGUUGGAUUUGA